UGCUGAUGACCAGCACCUGUCACGUGGACAUCGCAGAGUUUGUGUGUGAGAUGAUGGCUCCGAGGUGCGACCGCCUCACUAAAGUCAUCAUGGCUCCCAGCAGGUCCUGGUGUGAGGAAGUGAGAUCAUCGUGUAAAGAUGAGGACCAGUGGCCUUCCAGUUUCCCAUCCUGUGACGUCAUCAGCGAAAACCCUGAAGGUAUCGAAGGUCUGCGAGGAACAACAGACAAUGAAUGUUACCACGGUAAGGGUACCAACUUCAGGGGCGGGCACAGCGAGACUGAGACCGGGCGGACUUGCACGGCUUGGGCCGACCACGUGUACGAGAUGAACACCUUCAGGUGGGCUAACCUGGACAGCAACUACUGCCGGAACCCCGGGAACAUAGCGGAGCGGCCCUGGUGCUACGUGGGCGACCAGUGGGAGUUUUGCAGUGUUCCUCCUUGUAGCGGUUUGGUGUGCUCUGACAGAGGCCAGCCCCGGUCAGUAACAGCGGGGCCGCGGAAGCAGUCCUACUGGCCCGGGGACAAGGUGACUUACCAGUGCGAUCCCGGCUACUCCCUGCAGGGAUCCGCGGUCAUCAAGUGUCUUGCCAACGCCACAUGGGACAACGAUCUUCCUACUUGUGUCGUGGAUGAGCGCCUGGGCCUGAGGAACGAUCUCUUCGACUUCUACAGCAAAGACCUGUCACCCUCUGAGUCUGACGACCAUGUCACUGCUGUGUUCUCUGGACAAGUUCUCAACGUAGUGUCGCUGGACGAGAAAGGACCAGAAGUACUGACUGACAUUGUCCUGGAGUUGCGUUGGCGAGACCAUCGACUGACUUGGUCACCGGCAACUUACGGAGGCCAGGACAUCUUGCGAGUGUCCUAUGACGAAGUGUGGACUCCAACUGUCGUUCUGCAGAAUAAUGCCGAUAGGGGUUUCACCAGCUUCCCAACCGUGGACGUGACCAUCACAUCAGGAGGGGAGGUCAUCUGGCUGGUGCAGACCCUAGUGUCCACCACCUGUGUGCUUGACCAGUACCUCUUCCCCUUUGACUCCAUGAUGUGCCCCGUGUGUGUGAAGACAGGCCGGAAAGAGGAACGUCUGAGCUGUCCCCUUCCAGAGAACAUCACAGCUGAAAACAACUUGAACUGCAACAGCUCGGCUAGUCUGGUGACCGGUGAGUGGGCGGUCGCCAUCUCUGCUGACGUCAGCAGCAGCGACAUGGGGUGUCUGAACCUGAACCUGCAGCGGAACCCCACCUACCACAUGUGCACCACAAUCGCACCUACCAUCGUCCUGGCCGUGCUCAUGUGUGUCACGUUCCUCCUCCCUAUUGACAAGGGAGAUCGCCUGUCGUACGGGAUGGCCAUUCUACUGGCCAUGGUGGUGUCACUUGUCGUCAUCACUGACUUCCUGCCGCGAUCUACCAUCAUCCCCUUCAUCGGGACGUUCGUGAUUGUGUCCAUGUCCCUCAUGGCAGUCUUCAUGCUGGCAACUGUCGGUAUCAUCAACGUGUCCGGCAAGCAGGGCAAGGUCCCCCCAUGGGCCCGGAAUGUGUUCCUCAGGUGCAUGGCCCAGUGCCUCCUGAUGGGGAACCUGGCUAAGGAGAGCGACACGCCCGAGGCGGUCCCCAACAAAGUCUACGUGGAGGAAUCCAGUCACGACAACGGCGCCUUCGCAACGUUUGGCGAAGAGCAGGUGCUGUGGGACACUUCAGCCAAGUUCAGGUCCACAGGAGACCAUCCACCGGACGCCCCCACCAUGAUGCCGGGGAUGAAGGUCAUGAUCUACGCCAUCAGGAAGAGUCUGGACCGCCUGAAUGUCACCAUCGAAGGCCUCCGCCCGAACGAUGAGGAGGAGAGCGAGUGGAUGCUGCUGUCCUACGUGUUGGACCGUCUUUGCCUGGUCCUGUACAUCAUUGGUAUCAUUGCCGCUGUGCCCCUGUCGCUGUUCCUUGGGCGCUCUUAGACGUAGGAACUAGUGGAUGAUUUGGAUAUAUUUCUGUCAUAUUUCAUUUAUCUAUUUUAUAUCUAAUCGGGCAGGACUAUGCGUAUAUGGUGUCAGUUGAUAUAUCGAUAUAAAGAUUUUCCAAUGUCCAAUAGUUUGUUUUUUUAACUUUUAUUUUGUUAUUCGGGUCUUUUAUAAACUCGAACUAAGAGGUUCUUAUAACUUUUAAUCCUUGUCAAACUAAUGUAUUUCUUUAUAUACAGUGUUCAAUGCUGUACACAAUGUCACCUUUAUGGACAGGAUGUAUAAAUUUGGCUUACGUAAAAUAUAAGGUUGUUACAGCUUAUAUCCCAGUCAGAUUGUACCGAUAACUGGCUUUCAAUGGCACAAGACUAGUGAUAUGGUAACAUAGAAAUAGCUGUUCUUGAGAGGUUCUUGUGUUACUGUAUAUCUGCUUCUCGAUCUUACUAAAAUGUAUGAAGAUCUAAACUUUUAUACCGCACUAAGUACUACACAUCUAUCUAUUGGUUGUGUCUAAAAUCAAGAGCUUAAACAAAUAAGCGGACCAAAGAAUUUAUGUCAGGCUAGUAAUGGAUAUUUUUUUUUAUUUAUAUGUGAUAUUAAUCAGUCAAUCAGGAAAUCAUAAAGUGUUUUUGAAGGAACAUGUCUUUGCGUAUGGAAUAAGUGAAACCUUUUUGCUGCUCAACAAUACGGCAACAUGUCUAUGAUAUUUCGAUAAAAACACGAUGUGUAGUACGGAUAGCAUUUUAUAAAGCUUAACAGACGUUUGGAAGGUGAUAUUGGGAACAUAUGAAUGUGUGUAUACCUAUAACGUCACUUGUUGUACAUGGGAACAUAAUCUGCUGUGACCUGCUGUGGCACAUUCCGGAAACUUGCGUAACAGGUUGAUGGCAAAACAUCAUGAUCUGGUAUGAUGAUGCAGUUCCCCACGCAGGCACUAGGCGCAAACGCCUUUUAGACACUUGUAUCAUCUAUUGCUGAAUAAAUCUUGACUGCAA